UUGUUUUCUCAAACCUCAAACCCGUAACCGUACGAAGAGGAAACGAGCGCGGCUAACCGCGAGCCCAACACAAAAAAAACCAAAGCAACCAACGAACCUAGUGAUCAAGGAAGGAUUCGAGACCGUUCCUUACGAUCGUGAUCCGCGUAGUGAGGUUGAUCAAAAGCAUCAACAACAACACCAAACCAAACGAAAGCAAAAAUCUAGUGUAUCUCGUGAGCGCGAUCCUUCUUAUCGAUUGCAAGUGCAGCAGAAAAGAACAAGUAAAAAACACCGCAGUGAUGGUUGUUGCAGUGAAAGUAUUCAAAAAAUCUUCGCCCAAUGGCAAGCUGACCGUGUACCUGGGCAAGCGUGACUUCAUCGACCACACGGACUACUGCGAUCCGAUCGAUGGCGUCAUCGUGCUGGAUGAGGAGUACCUGCGGGGCCGUAAGGUCUUCGGACAGCUCAUUACGACCUAUCGCUAUGGACGCGAAGAGGAUGAGGUAAUGGGAGUGAAGUUCUCCAAGGAGAUGGUCCUCACCAAGGACCAGAUCUACCCGAUGGAGAACGCCAACAUGGAGAUGACGCAGAUGCAGGAGCGGCUGGUGAAGAAGCUGGGUGCCAAUGCGUUCCCGUUCACCUUCCACUUCCCGUCGAUGGCCCCGAGCUCGGUGACGCUGCAGGCCGGUGAGGAUGAUCAGGGUAAGCCGCUCGGUGUCGAGUACGCUAUCAAGGCGUUCGUCGGUGAGGACGAGAACGAUAAGGCCCACAAGCGAAGUGCCGUCGCGCUGACCAUCAAGAAGCUGCAGUACGCACCGAGUACCCGUGGCCGUCGUCUGCCUUCGUCGCUCGUCAGCAAGGGUUUCACCUUCUCGCAGGGUAAGAUCAACCUGGAGGUGACGCUGGAUCGGGAGAUCUACUACCAUGGGGAGAAGAUCGCCGCCAACAUCGUGGUGACCAACAACUCGCGCAAGACGGUCAAGAGCAUCAAGUGCUUCGUCGUGCAGCACUGUGAGGUGACGAUGGUGAACGCGCAGUUCAGCAAACACAUUGCAUCGCUGGAAACACGCGAGGGAUGCCCGAUUACGCCCGGUGCCAGCUUCACGAAGUCCUUCUUCCUGGUGCCACUGGCCUCGAGCAACAAGGACCGACGGGGCAUUGCCCUCGAUGGGCACCUGAAGGAUGACGACGUCAAUCUGGCUUCGUCUACGCUGAUCAGCGAAGGCAAGUGUCCAUCGGAUGCGAUGGGUAUCGUUAUCUCGUACUCGCUCCGUGUUAAGCUCAACUGCGGUACGUUGGGCGGAGAGCUGCAGACCGACGUUCCCUUCAAGCUGAUGAACCCUGCCCCCGGAACCGUCGAGCGAGAGCGAGUGAAUGCCCUGAAGAAGAUGAAGUCGAUAGAGCGCCACCGUUACGAGAACUCGCACUACGCCGACGAUGAUGAUAACAUCGUGUUCGAGGACUUUGCCCGGAUGCGAAUGAACGAGCCGGAGUAAAGCCGGAGAGAGUUCCAUCGAUCCAUCGCUUGACCUUCCAGCACCUCCACCAUCCUUCUAGUCUCCCUACGCGAGCAGCACACCUUCCCGUGGGUCCUGUAGCUUCUGCUGCACCCCAACGCACCUAACGCUACUACUGCUGCUGCUGCUGCGUCGCUUCGCUUCGCGCUUUCCGCAACCACUACACCGUGACUGUAUGUAUGUCUGUAUGUGUGUGUGUGUCUACGAGUACCUUCAGGGACCGAGGAAAGCCCCCAGGAGGGACAUAACUUGUCUCCUGCCACCGUCACUCGGCGCCAUGCAUGCAGAAUGCACGCGUAACAGAGCGCCCAAUGUGAUAACCACCACCACCACGCGGUGAUGGUGAUGGAUGAGGGGUGAUAAUGCUAUUCGGAAAUUCAGAAGCAGAGCAAGAAGCAUUAGCAUUUGGCCACCUCAUCGAAACCACAUCGCUGCGCCGCCUCUCCCUAUGCAGCAGCCCAGCCUUCGCUUCCGACCACCAGCGGCAGGUACCUACCGCAAGCUCUUCUAUAGCGUGUUUAUCGAUUAAAAGCAAGUUUAAGCAGCAAAAAAACAUAAAAACGGGCAACGACCGUAAACGAAAAAUCCACAAAAAAAUGAAGCAAAACCAAACCGAUUAGUGAACCAUCAUCGCCAGGAGGGCGGCUGGAUGGCGGAUCUUGUCCAGGUCGUUCGAUCCAUCGACUGAUUGCUGUCCCUGGCCCUUGUUCCAAGGGUACUCUACUGACUCCUUGGUCGUCGCAAUAAGACUGCGCAGCCCUUAAACAGCGAUCGUCCGUAGGGGCUGGUGGCCGAAAACACGGGAUUUUGGCAAUUAGUCCAUCGAUCGGAACCGCGAUCGCUGACGGUAAAAUCGAAACCAAAGGCACCGGAUGAACAGCUAAAAAGCGAGAAAAUGGAUUGGGGUUUCCUCGAAAAGGGGAAAACUCAAUCAAACAAAAAAAACAAAACGAAACGAAACAAAAGAAGGCAAACGCCAACGAGCAAGCAAAAUAAGCGAAAACACCAGAAGUGAACGAAAUCGAAACAAAUCUAGUGCAGCUCGAUCGGGGGCACUCGGUUUGUCGGCAUAUGGUCGGCAAGGGGAGUGCCUUCGAUCGACAGGCGCGGGGUAGGCGGUGCGCCUUAGACGUUAAGAUGAUUCUUAUUUUUUCUUUCGUUUUUCUUUUCUGUUUUCUGGACAUUCUUAUGAUAUACAUGAAUCAGGAUGAAUCGAGGGAGACGCGAAAACGAAGAUGAAGACGAAGGAGAAGUAGAAACAUUGGUAUUUGGAAGGUGUCCGUAGUAACUGAACACUAGUUGAUUUGUGAAUAAGACAUCGAAGGCAUAGGGCGGCGAAAUGAAUCGAAGAUCAAGCGCAGGACCUGGUAGCGAACUAGGUAGUAGGUCGUGCUGUUUGGUCUUCUCAUAUGGGUCCUUUGGUUUGGAUCCCUACGGCGAGUCAAUUACUGUUUAGUUACCGAGAUUCGAUUGCUUUUUGAGGUUCUGUUUCAGUUUCAGCGAAUGCUUCAAAGUGUAAGCAACAUAAUAAAGUAUAUAUUUAGACAGAGAAAUGGAAUGAGAGAUACAGAGGGAGAGAGAGAAAGAGGUAAUAAAAACCAAACAAACGUAAUUAAUGUUAAAGACAAAGGGAAACAAAUGAAGGAGAUUACAAACAAAAGAACCAAAAAAAACAAAAAAGCAAGAUCCAAUUCCGAACUGUUGAAACAGUCGUUAUUGCGAACAGGUUAUACAGAUCGGCAAGUGUAUUUGU